AUGCGGCCCCCCCGGGGGGCCCCCCGGGGCCCCCCCCAGCAGCAGUUUGUGGGGCCCCCGGGGGCCCCCCAGCUGCGGUGUACAGGCAGCUACCCUGCAGCAGCAACAGCUCCCCCUCUGCUGCAGCACCUGCAGCAGCUGCUGCAACCAAGCGCGCAGCAACAGCAGCAACAGCAGCAACAGCAGCAGCAGCAACAGCAGCAACAGCAGCAACAGCAGCAGCACCACCGCCAGAGGUACCAGCAGCAGCAACAGCACCACCACCACCACCACCACAAUCACAAUCAUCAGCAACAGCAGAAGCAGCAGCAUCACCAGCAGCAGCAGAAGCAGCAUCACCAGCAGCAGCAGCAGCAGCAGCAGCAGCAGCAGCAGCAGAGCAUCCCCGCAGUGUAA